UGUACAGGUUGCUAAUUGUCAAAAUCGUGAUCAAAACUGUCGCGAUCAUUCUGCUCACAAAUGAGUAACAAAAUUUAGAUCUCCUUUUUUAGAUUUUUAAGAUCUCGUGUAGUGUAUUGUGUUCGCCAUUAGAGUACGGUGUAAUACUACUAAUCUGUCUACUGCCAAUUAGUUCUUAAAUAGCCAAUUUUACAAUGCUAAACAUGGAGACUGUGGAACCAGAUAAAGUUAUAGGAGAUCCAAAUAGUAAUUCUCAGUAUCCAAUGACAAUACUAUAUGAUCCCACAAGAAAAAAAGAACCAUCUUCUACAUUUAAUGUCGAACGUGAGGCGUGUAUAAAGUAUUUUGAAAAAUGGAACGAAACAGAUCAGGUGGAAUUUGUAGAAAAUCUUUUGGCAAGAAUGUGUCAUUACCAACACGGUCACAUAGAUUCUUAUUUAAAACCAAUGUUACAAAGGGAUUUUAUAUCAUUAUUACCAAAAAAAGGGCUGGAUCAUGUAGCCGAAAAUAUUUUGUCAUACUUGGAUGCGGAGAGUCUUUGUGCAGCAGAAUUAGUUUGUAAGGAAUGGCUACGAGUUAUAUCGGAAGGAAUGCUUUGGAAGAAACUCAUAGAGCGUAAAGUCAGGACGGAUUCUCUUUGGCGGGGGUUAGCCGAAAGACGGCAAUGGAUACAGUAUCUAUUUAAACCGAAACCGGGAGAAAAUCAUCGAUCUCAUUCAUUCUACCGGCAACUUUAUCCGAAGAUAAUUCAGGAUAUUGAUAGCAUAGAAAACAAUUGGAGGAUGGGUAGGCAUAUACUUCAACGAAUCAACUGUAGAUCUGAAAAUAGUAAAGGCGUGUAUUGUCUGCAAUAUGACGAUCAAAAAAUCGUUUCUGGUCUUAGGGAUAAUACUAUAAAAGUGUGGGAUAGGAAUUCGUUACAGUCAACGAAAGUGUUGACGGGACACACGGGUUCAGUGUUGUGUUUACAGUACGAUGAUAAAGUGAUUAUUAGCGGUUCUAGUGACUCGACGGUACGCGUUUGGAAUGUUCUAACGGGCGAAAUGGUUAAUACACUUAUACAUCAUUGUGAAGCCGUCCUACAUCUUAGAUUUAAUAAUGGGAUGAUGGUAACAUGUUCGAAGGAUCGUUCGAUUGCCGUAUGGGAUAUGACAACGCAGAGCGAAAUCACGUUGAGGAGGGUGCUAGUGGGGCAUCGGGCAGCUGUAAAUGUGGUGGACUUUGAUGAAAAAUAUAUUGUGUCUGCAUCCGGAGAUCGGACUAUAAAAGUGUGGAACACUUCUACUUGUGAAUUUGUGCGUACUUUAAAUGGACAUAAAAGAGGCAUUGCCUGUCUGCAAUAUAGGGAUAGAUUAGUGGUUAGUGGUAGUUCCGACAAUACAAUAAGAUUAUGGGAUAUUGAAUGUGGUACGUGCAUACGGGUUUUAGAGGGUCAUGAAGAAUUGGUUAGAUGUAUUCGAUUUGAUUCUAAGCGAAUAGUGAGUGGAGCCUACGAUGGGAAAAUUAAAGUAUGGGAUCUUCUAGCCGCAUUGGAUCCUAGGGUGCCUGCAAGUUCUUUGUGUCUUAAAACUUUAGUGGAACACACUGGACGAGUGUUUAGACUGCAGUUUGACGAGUUUCAAAUAGUUAGCAGUUCUCACGAUGACACUAUUCUUAUAUGGGAUUUUUUAAAUUCAUCAGUAGAUUCAACACCAAGUAAAAUGGCAACACGUUCCCCAUCACCAUUUGAGUGAUGUGGUAAAUCACUGAAUGUCGUCAGUGGUCCGAACUGUCUGUCAAAAUUACUUCGAUCGUCUAAUUUAAGGAAAGUAGUGUUUUUAAACCUAUUUGCAUCCUGUGGAUGGACUGUUGUAAUUAAUGCCUAAAUAUAUUAUUUAUCUCUUACUGAAAUGUAUCAAAAAUUUGAUUUUAGGAUAUUACAAAUUAAACUAAAAAAUUCUUAUUAGGUUUAGUUAGUAGACUGUUACACUUAUAUAAAGUUUUAACCGAUGUUAUACUUACUUCGUUAAUUUCUAAUUGAAAUUAAUUUUUCUUUGUUCUAGUUUGUAUCUAAUUUAUCAUUAGAGUCACUAAUUGCAUUUAAUUGGGGGGGCAUACAAGAAAAUUUGACUGAAGAAUAUUACCAUUCAAUAACUAUUUGUUAAUUUGACACAAAUAAUUUAUUUAUUUGUUUGUAAUUUUGUGUCAUUUACAAUUGUUUAUGUUCUGUUUAGGAGUAUAAUAAAUCUGAUUGUUGUUGUGUUGGCAACAAAUAUUUAAUUAUUCCUUCGUUAAUAUGUGAUAAAAUUAUUUACUGAUAUUUACUUUAUUUAUUAUGUAUAAAACAAUAUUUUUAUAUUUUAAGAAUAAGUUUGAAUGUAGAGUGUAGAGAUGAUUAUUAAUUGAAGUUUGUUAAUAAAAAAGUUAGUAAAUGCUUUACUAGUAAAAGCACAAGGCAUACCUCAUACUUUAAACAAGGCAUUUUUUACAAGAAUAAUUUACUCCCGAGUCAACUUCUGUGAUCAAUUUUUAGUGGCAAUAUUGGCAUAUUAGACUUACGGCACAAACUAAGAGUAAAUGCCAUUUUUCAACUUUUUUAUGGAUUAAUGGAGAUGUCUUUACAUAUUGUUGCCUUCUCAGAUUUACUAUGACUAUUUCCAAUUAACCCAAAUGGAAACUCAAACUCAGUGGAAUACCGAUGCUUUGGUAUUAUCCACUUCAUUUCAAUAUAGAAUAAUAACCCAUUUUACAAAGUGUUGACAUUUUAAAGCUACAAUGGUUUUUUUGUUGCUGCAAGUAUUGCCUUACAUUUUGAAUUAGCUUUAAAUAUAAUAAACAUUAAUUUGUAUGUACAAUAUUUAUAUGUUGCAAAAAUCAAUUUUACUGGACAAAUAAACCAUCAAUAUCAAUUGAAUGAGGAUUUCCGAUUGCGAUACUGUGUUAUCAUUUCACAAUUUAAAUGGAUGAUUGGAAUUUGUAGUAAUUAUAUAGCAGUUGACGUUUGUUUUCAAUUUUAGUGUAGUAUAGUUUAGAUGAAGAACAUUAAAAGUGGUGUCUGCAUUUGCACCAUGCACAAUCAAAUUUGAAAUCGAAAAAAACGGUUAUAUUGAAAAUCUAAAACCAUUAGUCCUGGAUAAUUAAUGUAACUUCGGAAUGAAUUGGCGAUUUUAUUUCUAAUAAACCUAGUAAGUAUUAAAGGAUUAGAUGCAGACAGACAUUUGAAGAUUAUUUUGCUUAAGCAAGUUAACUGGAGUUUGGGAAAAUGUUUCAUUAUCUUCAGAGGCACCUCUAAAAAGCAUUAUGCGGGUCGCUGUAAUUGGGUGCAAGCCUGUUGAGGACCCAGAACAAGAGAGGAAUAAUAAAUAAAUAUUCAUUCUUCCAGUCAAACAUUCUAAAAGCGAGAAGUGAAACACAACUUUGUCCAGAUUCGAUUUUUCAUAAAUUACCUAGAUUUAUUUUACGGACACAGGUACUAGUGGGAGGUGAGGAAAUGCUUUGUGUAGUUCAAUUUUUCAGAUUUUUGAAAAAAACGUUAAUAUAACAGCUUUUGUGAUACAUUUAUACUAAUUAUAUUUCAAAUUUUUGUAUAAUAUCGUGUACCUAUUUUAUUGUAAUGCUAAGUGCUACAGUUACGCAAAGUUUAAAUUGCUUAAGUAGAUUUGAGGUCCAUUGUACAUUAAGUUCUAAAUAAAUUUUUUUUCUGUAUAAAUGUAGUAUGUAAUAGUUGUAUAUCAUUUUGUUGUAUUUUUGGUGCAAAAAUUGAUAGUUUUUGUGUGUAAAUAUACUUUCUCUAAAUA